GUCUCCUCUACUACUGAGGGAACCUCCACCAGUGUCACCUCCACUGGUGGCACCACCACCAGUGUCACUUCCACCGGUUUCACCUCCACUAGUGUCACCUCCACCGCUGUCACCACCACAGAUGUCACCUCCUCUGCUCCUGCCACCACCUCAGCAGGGACCUCCUCUGUCUCCUCUUCUACUGAGGGAACCUCCACCAGUGUCACCUCCACUGGUGUCACCUCCACCGGUGUCACCUCCACCGCUGUCACCUCCAUCAGUGUCACCACCACAGAUGUCACCUCCACUGCUCCUGCCACCAGCUCAGCAGGGACCUCCACUGUCUCCUCUUCUACUGAGUUAACCACCACUACUGUCACCUCCACCAGUGUCCCCUCCACAGAUGUCACCUCCACUGCUGUCACCUCCACCAGUGUCACCUCCACUGCUCCUGCCACCACCUCAGAAGUGACCUCCACUGUCUCCUCUACUACUGAGGGAACCUCCACCAGUGUCACCUCCACCGGUGUCACCACCACGCACGUGUCCCCCACCGCCUCCGUGGAGACCUCGUCGUCCUCAGCUGCUCCUGUCACCUCCACCGGUGUCACCUCCACUGCUCCUGCCACCACCUCAGCAGGGACCUCCACUGUCUCCUCUACUACUGAGGGAACCUCCACCAGUGUCACCUCCAUAGAUGUCACCUCCAAUGAUGUCACCUCCACCAGUGUCACCUCCACCGCUGUCACCACCACAGAUGUCACCCCCACUGGUGUCACCUCCACCAGUGUCACCUCCACUGCUCCUGCCACCAGCUCAGGAGGGACCUCCACUGUCUCCUCUACUACUGAGGGAACCUCCACCAGUGUCACCUCCACCAGUGUCACCUCCAUAGAUGUCACCUCCAAUUAUGACACCUCCACCAGUGUCACCUUCAUCAGUGUCCCCUCUUCUGGUGACACCACCACCGCUGUCCCCUCCUCCACAUCUGACGCCGCCACCGGACUGACCCCCACUGGCUCUUCUGCCACUUCUGGAACCACCACGGGUGUCUCCUCCACCGGUGUCACCUCCACCGGUGUCACCUCCACCAGUGUCACCCCCACUGGUGUCACCUCCACCGAUGUCACCUCCACCGCCCCUGCCACCACCUCAGCAGGGACCUCUGCUGUCUCCUCUACUACUGAGGGAACCACCACUGCUGUCACCUCCACCAGUGUCACCUCCACCGGUGGCACCUCCAUCAGUGUCACCUCCACCUAUGUCACUUUCUCUGAUGUCACCUCCACUGCUCCUGCCACCACCUCAGGAGGGACCUCCUCUGUCUUCUCUACUACUGAGGGCACCUCCACCAGUGUCACCUCCACCGGUGUCACCCCCAUCAGUGUCACCUCCUCCGAUGUCACCCCCACUGAUGUCACCUCCACUGCUCCUGCCACCACCUCAGCAGGGACCUCCGCUGUCUCCUCUUCUACUGAGGGAACCUCCACCAGUGUCACCUCCAUAGAUGUCACCUCCACGGGUGUCACCCCCACCAGUGUCACCUCCACCAGUGUCACCUCCACCUCCCCUGCCACCACC